AUGAAGUCCUGUCUUGCUUUUCUUGCUGGGCUGACAGCAAGUAUCGGUCCUGUACUCGCGGCGAACACCACAGAUUACACAUGUAGCGAAACAAAACCAUGUGAUCUGGGGUGUUGUUCCAAGAGAGGAUUGUCACUAACAAGCGGCAGUGGAGUUUGCGGUUUAGGCCCGAAAUUCUGCGCAAGCGAUGUCUGCAUCUCAAGUUGUGACUACAAGAGCGAGUGCGACCCCGGAUGGGGAAUGCAGUGGUCCAACACCUCAACCUGUCCCCUGAAUGUCUGCUGCAGCCAGUAUGGAUUCUGUGGGACGACAUCCGAGUUUUGCGGCUCGGCGACAGUGUCUUCACCCUCGUGCAGCGGCACUUCCUCAGACGCGCGAACAAUGGGCUACUAUGAGGGGUGGAAUCUUGAACAUGCUUGCGAUACCAUGACCCCUAACCAAAUUCCGCUGGGAUACUACACCCACCUCAACUUCGCAUUCGGAUCCAUUGAUCCUGACUCCUUUCAGAUUGCACCUAUGGCUUCUGAUGUUGCCGCGCUGUAUCAGAAUGUAACAGUCCUGAAGCAAACGCAGCCAGACUUGAAGGUGUGGAUUUCCAUUGGCGGGUGGUCCUUCAACGACGACGACCAGCCCACCAAGACGACUUUCUCAGACCUGGCAGCGUCCGAGUCAGCCCAAAAAGAGUUUUUUGCCUCUUUGAUCACUUUUAUGGUGCAGAAUGGGUUCGAUGGUGUAGAUAUCGAUUGGGAGUACCCCGCCGCCGACGACCGCAACGGAAGACCCGAAGACUACAAGAACUAUCCAAUCUUUCUGAACAACCUGCGCAAGGCUCUGGACGGUACAGGCCUGGUGUUUGGUCUGUCGAUCACAAUUCCCUCCUCAUACUGGUACAUGCAGCAUUUCGACAUUGUCUCCAUGGACCCCAUCAUCGACUGGUUUAACAUCAUGACCUACGAUCUCCACGGCACCUGGGAUGGAAACGACCCCUACAUCGGCGCCAACGCCCUCGCCCACACGAACCUGACCGAGAUCGAGCAGAGUCUCGAGCUGCUCUGGCGGAACAACAUCGACCCUGCGAAGGUUAAUCUGGGUCUUGGAUUUUACGGUCGAAGCUUCACAAUGUCCGACCCCGACUGCCUGCACGCCGGCUGCCCCUUUAAAAGCGGUGGUAAGGCAGGCCCCUGCACCGCCACAUCGGGAAUCCUCUCCGACGCGGAGAUCAAGGCCGUCAUUGCCGCCGGCGCAACAGUUACACUGGACGAAGCGGCGGCCGUGAAGAUUGUGACAUGGGACACGGACCAGUGGGUUUCGUACGAUGACGCGGAGACCAUGAAGAUGAAGAUUGAUUUUGCCAACCAGCAUUGCCUGGGCGGGACGAUGCUGUGGGCGGUUGACAUGGAUACGACGAAUGGGAGCAGCAUUAAUGCCUUGGGCUCGGAUCUGAGUCGGGCAAAGAGUCCGACUUAUGCCAAUAAUGCUACUGUCGGGAUGGAUGCUGCUUGGAGUUAG